GCGGCGCUCGCGGUGGGAGCUGCGCUGCGGCCACGCGGUCUCCCGAGCUCGCUGCAAACGCGGGUGCACGGCACAAUGUCGCAACCGUCCCCCCGGGCCAAGCCGUCCAGCCCUAGUAAUCCCAGAGUCUUCUUUGACGUAGACGUCGGAGGGGAGCGAGUUGGCCGAAUUGUCUUAGAAUUGUUUGCAGAUAUUGUACCCAAAACUGCAGAAAAUUUCCGUGCAUUAUGUACUGGAGAAAAAGGCACUGGAUCCACCACUGGGAAACCUCUCCAUUUCAAGGGAUGCCCUUUCCAUCGAAUUAUUAAGAAAUUUAUGAUUCAGGGUGGAGACUUUUCAAAUCAGAAUGGGACAGGUGGAGAAAGUAUUUAUGGUGAAAAAUUUGAAGAUGAAAAUUUCCAUUAUAAGCAUGAUCAGGAGGGUUUGUUGAGCAUGGCAAAUGCCGGCCCUAAUACGAAUGGUUCUCAGUUCUUUAUCACAACAGUUCCAACUCCUCAUCUGGAUGGGAAACAUGUGGUAUUUGGUCAAGUAAUUAAAGGAAUGGGUGUGGCAAGAAUACUGGAAAAUGUAGACGUGAAUGGUGAAAAGCCUGCCAAAUUGUGCGUUAUUGCAGAAUGCGGAGAACUGAAGGAAGGGGAUGAUUGGGGAAUAUUCCCCAAAGAUGGUUCUGGUGACAAUUAUCCAGAUUUCCCUGAGGAUGCAGAUAUAGAUCUGAAAGAUGUAGAUAAAAUCUUAUUAAUAGCAGAAGACUUGAAAAACAUUGGAAAUACAUUUUUCAAAUCUCAGAACUGGGAGAUGGCCAUUAAAAAAUAUACAAAAGUUUUAAGGUAUGUGGAAGGUUCAAAGGCUGUUAUUGAGAAAGCAGAUAGACCAAAGCUGCAACCUGUAGCUUUAAGCUGUGUGCUGAAUAUUGGUGCUUGUAAACUGAAGAUGUCAAAUUGGCAGGGAGCAAUAGACAGUUGUUUGGAGGCUCUUAAAGUAGACCCAUCAAAUACCAAAGCACUGUACCGUAAAGCUCAAGGAUGGCAAGGAUUAAAAGAAUAUGAUCAAGCACUGGCUGACCUUAAGAAAGCUCAGGAGAUAGCACCAGAAGAUAAGGCUAUCCAAGUGGAAUUGCUGAAAGUCAAACAAAAGAUAAAGGCACAGAAAGAUAAAGAGAAAGCAGCAUAUGCAAAAAUGUUUGCUUAAUAAGGAAUUCAGUUUGCCUAAAUACAUACAUUGAUUGUAUAAAGUCAGUAAGAAAACUUAAGGAAUUUUAUCUAUUAUACAUGAUCCCUAAUGUAUUGACACCUCAGUUCUCCAUCAUAUACACUUCAAGAAUACUGGUAAGGGUUCACUCUUAACAAAACAGUGCUAUAAAACACAGUGAAGUUGAUUUUUAAAAAAUGGUUGCCUGCAUUAUUCACAAAGACUAAUGGUAUCCAACCUAUUUCUAAACUCUGAAAGAAAUGUCUUAUUGAAUAAACAGAUGAAAGCUUAAGUCAUGUAUUGUUUCCCUCAAUUCUUUGCUGUAUCUCUGUGGUUGGUUUGUGCAGGGGUUUUGUGAUAUAGGUAUGUGUGUUCAGGGAUCCGCAAACUCUCUCUUAGGAGGGCCAAAUAAUAAAUGCUUUAGGCUUUGUGGAUCAUUUAAUAACUACUCAAUUCUGUAAUUGUAGCUCAAAAGUAGCCACAUGUAAACUAAUGGGCAUGGUUAUGUACCAAUAAAACUUCAU